CAGCCCCGUCCGACGGCGUCCAGUCCAGCUGGUUCCGUUACAAACACAAUCUCACCUCACGGACAGACUUAGCUUCAUUGCCUCAUCCACUGCCAUCUCACAUGCACAGGUAGGCAGGCACACAAGUCAGAUGGUGCUGCAUCACUGCUCACGCACAGGUAGUGAGGAGAUCAGGCAUGAUGGACACAGGACGAUAUUUGCAAAAGACUUGCCUCUAAACCUGGAACUACCCUGUUGGAGUUGAACUACAGGUAAAGCAGUGCGCGGCGGCGACGAGGCGCGGUACGGUUUUUGUUCACGGUUCCGACUGUUGGAAACCUUCCACCAUCGCAGUUUAAAUAUGUCAUUGUAAAACAGGAGGAACAGUGAGCUUGGGAAAUGGCAAAAUGAAAUUUUAAAAUAGUUUUAUCCUAAAGCAUCUAUGCCUUAUUGCAGCGAUUCCGCUACACCAACUAAUUCUUGCACAGCCUAGGUGCUUCCCUUUUUCAGUGAACUGUCCCUUUUACCACUUUUCUAGUUUUCUCUGACCUCACAUAGACUAAUUUGCAGAUGAUGCGGACAGACAGCAGAGGCCGAAGUGCCUCCCCUCACAGGAUAAUUUACAAAUCCGACUUCCAUGCCAUCAAAUGCUCAUUUGACACUGCAAUUAGUCUACCUGGCGGGACCAAAGCGGCUGCUGCUGCUGCUACCAGCCAGGGCUCUAUCGUGCCCUCCAACAACCUGCUUUCUCACCUGUCCAACAACAGCAGCACCACCGGCAGUCGAGGUCGGAUCCAAAGCACCAGGGGGACCAAGAUAAGAGAAAACAUUUUUCUUCAAAUGGACAGCCAGCAGUCGAGACAAGAUGGUGCUCCAGUCAUGGGUUCUGGCUCAACGCCUCUUCUUCCUGCCCCAAAUCCCAGCUUCCAACCCCACGCUUCCCCUUUCCCCGAAUCCAGACAUUCAGUCCUGAGUUCCUCCUCCUCCUCUCGUUUUAACAGUCUGACGAGUAUUUCGUCCACAGAAAAACUGCUGCAAGACAAACCGCCCAGAUCAGAGAAAAGAGUGGAUGUCGAUAGAGUCGCUCUGGCUCAGAAGUUUUCCGUGACCCGGAGGCUGUUUGAGAGUAAGAUGUUGGAGGUUGGCAGAGGAGGAGGGCAGAUUUUAAAACCUCACACCAUCAGGGGAAGCAAGGGGUCUGCAGAUGGGAAAGGAGUAGCAGAAAAGGUGGAAGAGGCAUGCGGGGAACUGAAAAUCAAAGAGGGUGGAUUAGGUAAAGACAAAUCCAUAAACUUGAAGGCCCCUCAAGCGGAGUCACCGACGAGGUUUCCUGCUUCUCCAUUACCAAACGGGCCUGGUGAAGCUGCAGCAUCACCAUCGAAGGACGGGACGGGAGCCUGCUUGGCUCCUGAGGAGACACUGAGGGCAGAAUUAGUCAACGUAAAAACUGAUUCUUCAGAGAGUGAUGAGAAUGAAGACGAAAAAGUGCAGGAGGAGGACCAAAGUUGGCCAAAAGGUGAGAGCGAAACGCAUCUGAACAAAGCUGCUCACGAAGCCCUGGUGGAUGAUGUCUUUGCGGAGGCCGACGUGGAAACGCCACAAGGUCUUCAUACAUUCACCGCAGGCAGAGAUGAACUCAUCACUUCUUCACAACACCACAAAGAAUUAUCAGAGGGUAUGCAAUGGAAAACAACUGGGAAAGGAGGUGAAGGCAGAGGAGGCAAGUAUCAGCAGGUGAACAAACAAUGGGAGGGAGCAAGGGAGGAGCAGCACAGAGGCUUCACUGCACAAACCAAGGAGAAGCCAACAGAAGAAGGGGAAGACGUGGAGAAAAACUCAGAUGGUGGAUUUAGAGGAAGUGCGGCUGGAUUAGAGAAAGUUUCGAUCAAAGACAUGUAUUCUGACAAGGAGGGAGGUGGAAAAGUGAAAGGUGGAGAGGAUGAAUUUAGAAAGGAAAUAAAAGAAGGCACAACAUCGGAGCUGCAAGAGGAUGUUGUCACUGAGAAGAUUAUGGAUGCUACAUGCAAAGGUACUGGUGAUGCAGGAGGAGGAGGAGGCAAACCGGACCAAACAGAAGCUGCAGGAGUCUGUGGGAUUGAGAACAAAGCUUUUUGGUGUGAUCAGGACUCCCAGUCCCACCCAGAGCUCUCGGCAUCACUACAACAGCAGGAAAGCUCCAUGAAGGGAGAAAAUCGGCUUUUAGUGGAGUUUGAAGAAAUUCCCGGUGUACCUGAACUGGACCGUCAAGAUGAGGAUUCAGCAGAGGGUGCGAAGAGGAAGGUCCGGUUCUCCACAGCACCAAUCAAGGUGUACAGCACAUUUUCCAACGCAGACUACGACAGACACAAUGACGACAUCGACCCAGUGUCCGCUUCGGCUGAGUUCGAGCUGGAGAAGAGGGUGGAGAGGAUGGAUGUUUUUCCAGUGGAAAUAGAAAAAGGAGUGGACGGACUGGGUAUCAGCAUCAUCGGAAUGGGUGUAGGGGCCGACCAGGGGCUGGAAAAACUGGGAAUCUUUGUCAAAACGAUCACUGAGGGAGGAGCUACACACCAAGAUGGAAGGAUUCAGGUGAACGACCAGAUUGUGGAAGUGGACGGCAUAAGUUUGGUAGGAGUUACCCAGCUGUUUGCAGCUACAGUCCUCAAAAACACAUCCGGCCAAGUCAAGUUUUUGAUUGGUCGAGAGAAGGAGGGGGUAGAAAGUGAGGUGGCACGGCUGAUCAACGAGAGUCUGGAAAUGGACAAAACAAAAAAGAGAGAAAGCAGAAGCAGUGAAGAUGAGGGCAAUGAUGACAGCGUGUCGGAGAAAGACUCGAUCUUUGAAGAGGAAGGAGGAGAGGAGGAGGAGGAGGAGGAGGAGGAUGAGGAGGAGGAUGUGUCUGUUUUGUCCAGUCUGGAAAACUACCAGCUUUGUCUCAAAUACCAGCAGCUUCAGUCCAAAUUGAGAAGCAGAACGACUCAGUUGCACCGGGCUAGAGAGAAGUUAAAGGCCUGGGAGGAGCGGCGGACCCGUUGGCAGAGCCUGAAAGCUGAGCUGGAACAAAGGGCACAAGAUGGAGAGGAGAAAGCAGAGAAACUAGAGAAUUACUGGCAAGAGGCCCAAACGCUGUGCAGAGUUCUGAGCCAGCGACUUGCUGAUACCCAGGGCCAAACGGAAAGCCUGGAGAUCAAAUACAGCAAAGCUAAGAGACUUGUCAGAGAUCAUCAGAGCAGAGAGGAUGAGAUGGACAAAAGACUUGCAGAUUUGAGGAAUGAAAUGGAGGAGCAAGAAAAGCAGAACAGGGAAAUUGUGGAACGGCUACAAAUCCAGGUGGCGCAGCUUGAAGGAAAAGAGCCUGAACCACAGAAAAGGAACCACACUGUGGACUCUUCUGUCACAGACUGGUAUCUUCCAGUUCCGAUUACUGGACGUCUUGACUCCAGCGCUCACAUAGCCAGGGCUCAACUAGCCCAGAAAUCAAAACGCAACCCACCAUCAAGGUACAAACUCAGAGAGAGCUUCAAAAAACAGCAGGAGGAAAUUGUCCUUAAAGCAAUGGAGAGUCAGUCUCUGCCCCCUGCAACAGCAGUCCAAAGCAACAAAAGCGACCCGUCCGGUACCUCCACUUGCCCGGUGCUUAGUCCCCAGCCUACCAGCACCUCCCUCUUAACCCCUUCCAUCUACAUCACCGACACUGUCACACCCUCUCCAUGCAAAUCCUCAGCGUCCAGAAAAUCCAAAAGGAUAUUUCCAGACUUCAGUGGCAUUCGGAAGUCUCUCGGCAGAAGAAGUGAAAAACGCAGCAGGAGAUCAACCAACAGCAGGGGAUCAUGUGGCGAUUUAAUCGAUGAGCCGACGGGCAUUUCCCCCUCUGGUUCCAUCACCUCAAUGCCCUCUUGCCUGCACCUUCCCUGGUUUGGGGAUAAAGGGAAAGAAAGGGAGCAGGUGGAACAUGGCAGGCAGAGGUUGCGGUCUGUGUCCAGCAGCAGUUUGCCCUAUCUUACCACAUCAGGCAGAAGAGAUCAGAGCAUUGGCUCUCCAGUGUGCAGCUCCAGCAUGGCGGGCCAUGUCUCUGAUCACUCCCUCUCUGGACACUCUCUCACUUGCACCUUUUCCUCCUCCGAGACGUUGGACGACUAUCCCGUUCCCAACAACAACAAUAAUCGCUGGCAGUGCCGGCCCGUCUCUGAGUGGAACAACCACCAGGUGUGUCUGUGGUUAAUCAGCAUGAACAUGGAUCAGUACACCCCAGAGUUCACUGCCAGAGGAGUGGAUGGAACACAGCUGCUAAACAUGGACGGUCAGAAGCUCAAGGCGCUCGGUAUGUCAAGUCAAAAUGACCGCUCUUUCCUCAAGAAGAAGCUGAAGGAAAUGAGAAGAGAGGAGAAGGAUCAGAAGAGGGAAGACAAGAAGCUAAAAGAGGGUGAAUGCAAGGAGAGAGCAAGGAUACUGAGUGACAAAUCUGUAAAUGAUGUCAGUGGGUGGGGCAAAACUAUAAGAACAGAGUCCCUGUUGUAAAGGAGCUUAUAAGGUGAAAUCAUAUGCAGCACCAGCAUUUUUUUUUUUUUUUUUUUUUUUUUUUUUUUUUUUUGUGCUAAUAGAAAUGGAUAGAUCUGCUUCUCACUCGUUUCAGAUGCAUGAUGGUCAGGGUUAAAUUUGAAUCUCUACCAGAGCAGUGGUGGAUUCCAGCACCAUGAUUUAAACGGGAAUUACAUUUUUAAACGGGAGGUGUGUAAUCACAUGUCCUGCAGUGAUGUUGUUUUUUUUAUCAAUUGUAAUUUAUUCUUGGAAUGCUUUUCAAUGUCUGCUAAUGUCUGCACUCAGGAAUUUGUUGUAAAUGCUUUUUUUGUGUGUGUUUUAAUAAAUAAUGCUUUCAACUCUG